CGAGGAAGAAUAUGCGGACCGCAUCUUUUCCUCUCCUUCCCUUAAACUUUAUUCUCCUCGCAAUGUGCCUUGUCUCUGUGGACACGCUCCAUUUCCCCGUUGGCAAAUAGUACCAUCAAUUCCUCCCCCGCUCCGUCCCUCUCCAAACAUUAAAAAGAGAAAAAGAAAGAAGAAGAAGAAAGACGACUGCUUUGACAGAGAUCACGCGGUGAUGUCAGACGGUUGAAAAUUCAAAAAAUCUCGGGAACGCAUGCGACUCGGGAGGAGAUCGGGGGGGUUUUAAUUCUAUCCAAAAGAAUGGAAGCUUCGGAUGCAGGGAGGAGGAAGCAGCAGCAGCAGCAGCAGCAACCCACCUGGUUUUAUUAGCUAAGGAGAAAAGUCAAGGUGGGUGGGCGUGCCUCGAGAGAGAGAGAGAGAGAGAGAGAGAUAGGGAAAGGAGAUUACUUGACGGAAAGCAAGAGGUGUUGAGCCGAGCUGAGCCUUGCCCAGACGACUUCUCCUUCCUCUCCUUCCUUUCCUUCCGUCUGCUGGUGGUGGUGGUGGUGGUGGAGCUGCCGACGGCGUACUGACUUCUUCUUCCUCUUCAGCUCCGUCAUCCCUUUUCCUGUUUUGUUCCGUGGGUUGAGAUUCUUUGCCCGAGACGACUGCCUUCUCCCUCUUUACAUCAUGAUGCCUGAUUCACCAGAAGAAGUUCGAAAACACGAUGUGAACCCUGAGCAGCUCCCAAGGGAAGAUAGCGAGUAUGUUAGGCUGGUUUUAUCCAAUGAGCCAGUAACAGUUGAAGCUGGCAAUUUACGACCUCAAACAGAUGAAAGAUUUCACAAUUUUCUGUGGUGGACCAAGGCCUUGUCAUUGGUCGCUAUUAUUGCUAUCAUCGUCCUCACUUUCUUCAAAUGGGGAGUUCCAUUUCUACUUGGAAAGGUUCUCUAUCCAAUAAUGCAGUGGGAAGCCACUGCGUUCGGUCGUCCAGUUCUUGCCCUGGUGCUUGUUGGUUCUCUGGCUAUCUUCCCUGUAUUAUUAAUUCCUUCCGGACCUUCCAUGUGGCUGGCUGGAAUGAUAUUUGGAUAUGGUCUAGGUUUCAUAAUUAUAAUGGUUGGAACAACUGUAGGAAUGGUUCUGCCCUAUUCAAUAGGACUACUGUUCCGUGAUCGUAUACAUCAAUGGUUGAAAAGAUGGCCUCGAAAUGCAGCAUUGCUUAGACUUGCUGGUGAAGGCAGCUGGUUCCAUCAAUUCAAAGUGGUUGCGCUCUUCAGGAUCUCGCCAUUUCCCUACACAAUUUUCAAUUAUGCAGUCGUAGUGACUAGUCUGCAUUUCUGGCCCUACUUGUGGGGAUCUAUUGCCGGAAUGGUACCUGAAGCUUUCCUUUACAUCUACAGUGGGAGAUUAAUAAGGACAUACACAGAUGUGAAGUAUGGGAAUCAUCACUUGACCACAGUUGAAAUAGUUUACAAUGUCGUCUCUUUUAUCGUAGCAGUCGUCACCACGGUUGCCUUCACAGUUUAUGCCAAAAAAGCCUUAAGUGAGCUCGAAAAGAAAGAGGCUGAUGGGGAGGACUCUGCAUCCGAUGAUGACAUUCUCGAGAUGGGGAAACUUUCCCCAGAAAGACCCACACGUGCCAAUUCUUUGUCACCUUCGCUAUAGAUUUUAGAUGAUUGAUACUGUAAAUAGUUAGAAUAUAAAGAAAAGGCUUUAGAAUUCUGUACCGUGGGCCAUUCCCCCCCUCCUUUUCCCUCCUCCACCGAUGGCCAAAUGUGGUUUUUUUUGUUUCCAUAAUAGUUGAGAAUAGUGGUUAAAGAUCUGCUCAGAGUGAAGCAUUUGCUCAUAACUUGUUUGUACAUCUAUACCGGCUGGAAAUGGGGAGUUACCUGCAUUUCUUGGACUUGGUGCUAAUUCUUCUCUCCUCUCUUGCCCUGAAGCUGAAAUGGACCCGUGUGAAUACUUAAUCACCGUCUACAUGUAUCUUCUCUGUAUCGACUAUGUGUUCUAAAGUAAGAAUCUAUAUGUACUGGUGCGAGUUUUGUACUAAUUAUUAGCUAUUGAUUUGCUCUAGAUCUACUAAGUCCAAUAUAGAUAUUGUUUAAAA